GGCAGAGAGGGUGCAGGGAGGAGUCCCAGCAGGGAUAAAGGUGCUCCUCACCUGCUGCAGCUUCAGGCAGCGCUGUCCAGAGCGAGAGGAAGAUGAAGGUGGCUGUGCUCAGCGUGGCCCUGCUCUUCUCCAUCCUGCUGUGCCCCCCGGCACAGGCCAAGGGUCUCCGGAUGCCUUUGGAUCGCUGCCCUCCACCUAAGAUGCCUGGACCCCCCCGUGGGCCGCUGCCAAAUCAAGGAAGCUGGAGUGAGAGCGGGGCUGGACCUGUGCCACAGGUGCUCCUCACCUGCUGCAGCCUCAGGCAGCGCUGCCCAGAGCGACAGGAAGAUGAAGGUGGCUGUGCUCAGCGUGGCCCUGCUCUUCUCCAUCCUGCUGUGCCCCCUGGCCCAAGCCAAGCUCAAACAGAUCUCCUUGGAGGCCGUGAAUUCCCAUCCCUCUGCCGGUGCCCUGCUCCCUGGAGCUGUGUCCCCCCACAGCCCCACAAGGUCCAGUCCAGACCCAGCCUUUGUUCUCCUUUCCAGGCACUCCUGGAAGGAACCCAAGAUGACCUCCGAGAGCUGGAUUUAGACAAUGUUGUGGUCCUGGAGACGCCUGCCGGUGUCAGACCCUCCCCUUUCAUGGCCACCACAGCCCAGGCCAUCCCAGUCUGUCCCAGCACAGCCCAGUGCACCCCUCCUGAUAGCCCAGACAAUGCCUUUCCCCAGGGCUCCUCACCAGGGAAGCCUUUCCCCAGGGCCCCUGCUGCAUUCCCAUCCCGGUCACCCCAGGAGCCCCUGGAUGAGCCAGGAUGCAGCCCCUGCCCCAGCUGUGCCUCUUGGCCAGGAGCCCAGUGCUUCUGGGCAGGAGCACAGCAGUCCUGCACCCCAUUGCUCCCACAGUCCCUUCCCUUAGCCCCCCCCCUGCUCUGCCCUGCCUCCCAGUCCAGCCCAGUGCCCCCAGUGUGUCUCUAACUCUGCCUUUGU